GGGGGCAAUUACUAAUUAAGCAAAGUUCAAAGUUCCUCUCCCUAGCUCUCUCUAACCAUGGCACUUAUGGCCAUAGCAAUUGUAGCCAUCAGCUUUCUCAGCUAUGAAGCAGGCAUUGUUCUUGGGGACAUUGGCACUGCUACUUCGUAUAAUCCUCCCUAUCUACCUACCAAGUGUCAUGGCAAUCGACAGGAUCAAUUCCCACCAGGAAACUUGUUUGUUUCUGUGAGUGAAGGUUUGUGGGAUAAUGGCGCUGCCUGUGGAAGGCGUUACAGGUUGCGGUGCCUAAGUGGAAAUAACAGACCAUGCAAGGAUGGGACUAUUGAUGUUAGGGUGGUGGAUUUCUGCAGAAAAUCACCAUGCCCUUCUACUAUUCUCUUGUCAGGUGACGCCUUUUCUGCUGUAUCACACUCUCCAUCCGCAAAAAUCAAUGUUGAAUACAUCCAGAUAUGAUGGUACGAUCGAGAUAUGUUGCUGAACUGUAUCAAGCAAUCCGAUUGCUAGAAGUGAGGGGAAAAUGGUGUUUCUGAUGUUAGAAGUUUUUUGACAUUAGUUUGUACUUGAGUUCUCAUUAUUCCAUGUUGUAGUAUGAAUAUCUAUCUCCAAUAAAAUCUUGAUUAGACGGA